UCUCUCUUUAUUUAUUUAUUUUUUUUUUCCUUUACUCUCUCUUUAUUUGAACUCAAUAAACAGAUUAUCAAAAACUCCAUCAGGCGCGAGAAAAAAUGAACAGGUUUAUCGCGACAAAAUUUUCUUCUGCGGCUGUUAAUAGUAAAGCUUAUCAAUGGAAAAUUCCUCUGAAGCAGCUGUGUACUGCUGCUGUAAAUUCAACUUCUGUCGGUUCUAACCAAUUAAUUAAUAUUAAUGAUGAGGACAAGGACAGAAAGAGUUUUAAUCGUACUGUUCGCCCAUAUGACAUUGCUAUUGUCGGUGGCGGCAUGGUCGGGAUGGCCCUUGCUUGUUCUUUGGCAACUACGCCAUUGACAAAGCAUUUGAAUGUUGCUAUAAUUGAUAGUAAUCCUGCUCUGGGAGGUAAAUUAAGCAUCAAGAAAGAGGACUUACCUGAUCCGAGGGUCAGUACAGUCACACCGGCUACUAUAUCUGUUUUCAAAGAUAUUGGUGCUUGGCAAUAUGUUCAGCAGCAUCGACAUGCAUAUUUUGAUAUGAUGCAGGUUUGGGAUUAUACUGGCCUGGGAUUCACAAAAUACAAUGCAAGAGAUGUAAACAAAGAUUAUUUAGGUUGCGUGGUGGAGAAUAAGGUGCUUCACAGUUCACUACUCUCAUCUGUUGAGGAUACUGAUUUUCAAAAGACAAUCUACCCUUCUAAGUUAACUUCAAUGUCUCUACAUCAAGGCUCUUCCUCCACAAAACUAGACAACACAUCAUCAACGGAGGCAUUGUAUGUGAAGGGACGUUUAGCAAAGCUUGAACUGAGUGAUGGCAGCAACCUAUAUGCAAAGUUGGUGGUUGGAGCGGAUGGGGGCAAGUCACGAGUUAGAGAAUUAGCAGGAUUUAAAACAACGGGGUGGAACUACUCGCAAAAUGCAGUCAUCUGCACUGUAGAACAUACUGUGGAAAAUCGAUGUGCAUGGCAACGAUUUCUACCAGCAGGUCCUAUUGCACUUCUGCCAAUUGGGGACAAGUUUAGCAACAUUGUUUGGACUAUGAACCCAAAGGAAUCAUCAGAUUGUAAAUCAAUGAAUGAAGAAGAUUUUGUAAAAGCUGUAAAUCAUGCUCUUGAUUAUGGAUAUGGUCCUUAUCCAAAGUCGAGCUUAUUUGAUGGUUCAGACAUCUUUUCAUGGGUCAGAGGAAAUAUAGUUACAUCAGCUCAUGAACCAUUUGAAGUCCCACCGAAAGUGAUCAAAUUGGCUUCUGCUAGGAUGGCGUUUCCAUUGUCAUUAAAUCAUGCUAAGAGUUACGCAUCAAAACAUAUUGCUCUAAUUGGCGAUGCAGCACACACAGUUCAUCCUUUAGCUGGGCAAGGAGUUAACUUGGGUUUUGGAGACGCAUUUGCUCUUUCAAGAAUUAUCGCUGAGGGUAUUGCUGUAGGAACGGACAUCGGGGAGGUAUCACUUUUGAAAAAAUACGAGUCAGAAAGGAAACCAGCAAACUUGGCUAUGAUGGCAAUACUAGAUGGUUGUCAGAAGGCGUACUCUGUAGAUUUUGGACCUUUAAAUAUAUUACGUGCUGCUGCAUUUCACGGGGCACACCACAUCUCACCACUUAAGAGAAGUAUUAUUUCAUUUGCCUCAGGAGAACAGAGGCUCCCACUUUUUUCAUAGUGACUGUUGUUGAUAUCCUGAAAGGCUGAAACAAUAAAUGAAGUUCUCCUCUACUUGUACAGUUUUGCAAUUUAUAGAAAAAUUUAAGCCGUUAUCUAUGACA